CAUGCUUACACAAAGCUGUCCCUGUUUCUGUGCUGCUUCUUCUUCUUCUUCUCCCCCCCUCCCUCUCCUUUCUCUUUCUUUCUUUUUUCUCCUUUUGUUCUGCAGUUUGUUGUUAUUGGGGCAUUAGCUAGCCAGACUUUGUUUUCUUUGCUCCCUUUUUGGUUUACACUGCUGAAGAAGAAGAAGAAGUUGUGAGUUCUUCACGAAGAUGCCAGUGGCAUUACUCUUGCUACUGGCACUGAGCAUUGCCAUUAGAAUUGAUGCAGAAGAGAGUAGCGGAGUGUGUGACUUUAAGCCGGGUUUAAAACCGAGGCCACAUAGUGUGUCGAUCUUGGAGUUUGGUGCAGUUGGAGAUGGGAAAACAUUGAAUACUCUUGCUUUUCAGAAUGCCAUUUUCUAUCUAAAGUCAUUUACUGACAAGGGCGGUGCUCAGCUUUAUGUCCCACCCGGAAAAUGGCUUACUGGAAGUUUCAGUCUUACCAGCCAUCUCACACUCUUCCUGGAAAAAGGUGCUGUCAUUCUAGGAUCGCAGGAUCCAUCCCAUUGGGAUCUUGUUGAUCCCUUACCCUCGUAUGGUCGUGGGAUUGAACUUCCUGGAAAAAGAUAUCGAAGUUUAAUAAAUGGAGAUAUGCUAACUGAUGUGGUAGUAACUGGUGAUAAUGGGACCAUUGAUGGUCAGGGUUCAGUUUGGUGGGACUGGUUCGAGUCCCGUUCCUUGAACUACAGCCGCCCUCACCUUGUGGAAUUUACAUCAUCUGAUCAUGUAGUAGUUUCAAAUCUUACCUUCUUGAAUGCUCCUGCAUAUAACAUUCAUCCUGUAUAUUGCAGUAAUGUGCUUGUUCAAAAUAUUUCAGUCUCUGCUCCUGGAGAAUCCCCUUACACCAUCGGCAUAGUUCCAGAUUCUUCCAAUAAUGUGUGCAUAGAGGACAGCCUCAUCAAGGUUGGUUAUGAUGCGAUUUCCCUCAAGAGUGGUUGGGAUGAAUAUGGCAUUGCCUAUGAUAGGCCAACACAAGAUGUACACAUAAGAAGGGUCUACCUUCAAUCAUCUUCAGGCUCGUCCAUCGCCUUUGGUAGUGAGAUGUCCGGUGGCAUUUCUAAUGUGUAUGUUGAGCAGGUCUACCUAUACAACUCAUUUAGUGGCAUUGAGUUUAGAACAACUAAGGGCAGAGGUGGUUAUAUCAAACGGGUCAUCAUAUCAAAUGUUGAAUUGAAAAAUAUCAACAUGGCAUUUGGUGCCAUUGGUGAUUGUGGGUCACAUCCGGAUGACAGUUUCGAUCCUAAUGCCAUCCCAAUUCUUGAUCAAAUCACUUUGCAAAAUGUGAUUGGUUCAAACAUCACUACGGCUGGAAACUUCACGGGACUUGCAGAAUCUCCUUUCACCUCUAUUUGUCUAUUUAAUGUCUCCUUAACAAUUCCCGCCACCUCAACUUCUUGGACAUGUUCAAACGUUAUUGGCUUUUCAGAGCUUGUUUCCCCGGAACCAUGUCCUGAACUCAACAGCUCAUAUUCAAAUUCUUCCUCGAUUUGCUAUUCCAUCCUGAAUUCCUAUGGUAAAUCCGUGAACUUAUGAAUACCGUUCCUUCAAAAGUACAGUCAUAUGGGGUAAAAAGGGAUUCUUCCACAGCUUAUGGUCUCCAGAGUAUGUUAGAUUCUUUUCAAUAAGACACAUGUCUACAGUAUUUGUUCCUUCAUUCCCUUGGUUUUGCAUUUCCUCCUGUUCAAUUCUGCAGAUUAUUUGUACAGCUUCAUAUCUUCAUUCAUGUGUAAGAAAAUUUUUGGUAGUUAUUGCAACAAACCACAAAAGUGACAUGAAUAUUCUUAGUA